AUGUCGGACUCAAUCGCGAUUCCCGGCACAGUCCAUCUCGUGGAUCUGGGGAAUAACUUGCAUUCCCUCCAUGCUACAGCUACUGAUGAUAUUGUUCUCAAUCCGACCCCUUCCAAUGAUCCAAACGACCCUCUCAAUUGGUCCGCUCACCGAAAGACCCUUUCGUUGACCUGCCAAAUCUUGUAUACGUGGUUCACAGGCAUAGCCGUUUCUACGGUGUAUUCUGUCAUCGUGCCCCUCUCCGAAGCAUCUGGAGUGUCGAUUGCCACUCUCAAUGAAGGAACUGGCUACAUGUUCCUGUUCCUAGGAUGGGGCCUCUUGUUCUGGCAGCCGAUGGCUUUGCGUUAUGGUAAACGCCUGACAUUGCUUAUCUCCAUCCUUGGAGGAAUUACAGUUUCCAGUGCAUACAUAACGAGCAACGGCCAGUGGAUAGCCAAGUGUAUUUUGCAAGGGUUUUUCAUCGCUCCGAUUGAGGCUCUUCCUGAAAUUGCCAUUACUGACAUUUACUUUACCCACGAACGAGGCACAUAUAUGGGAUUCUAUACCUUUGCUCUUGCCGGAAGCAACUACUUCACCCCCAUUAUCUGUGGCUUCAUUGCCCAGUACCAAGGUUGGCAAUGGGUAUUUUACUGGCCCGCCAUUUUCCUGGCAUUUGUUUUUGUCUUUUUGCUCCUCUUUAUGGAAGAGACAAACUAUAACCGGCCCGUGAUGCCUUCUGCGACAAUACAACUCACCUCGCAGAUGACUGAACAAGCUGCCGACAAGAAGAACGAUCUCAGUGCUGAGAGCUCCUCACAAGCCGAGAAUGGCGAGGUUCACUCCAUUCCCAAGACCUUUCUUCAGAAAAUGUCACUGUGGCAGCCCUUGCCUGGCCAAAGCGUGGUUCGACGUGCCGCCAGAUCGUUGAAAUUCCUGAGCUGGCCGGUUAUCUUCUAUGCAGGCUUCUCAUAUGGCUCUUAUCUAAUAUGGUUUAACGUCUUGAAUGCCACGUCCUCGAUUAUCCUGUCUGGUGAUCCCUACAACUUCGGGGCAUCUAUGGUUGGACUCAGCUACUUAUCGUGCUGUAUCGGUGUGCUUGUUGGCGCAAUUUUCUCCGGAAGACUCAGCGACUGGCUCACCAUCAAACUCGCUCGCCGCAACAAUGGUGUCAUGGAAGCAGAGCACCGUUUGUGGCCUUUUGCGAUCUGUGUUGUCGUGGUGCCUGCAUCUCUGAUACUCUGGGGAGUUGGCGCUCAGCAUGGAGUCCACUGGUUUGGUUUGGUGUUUGCCAUGGGCUGCCUCGCCUUCACCAGUUCAGUCGGUAUCACGCUAAGUGUGAAUUAUCUUAUCGACAGCUACCAUGAUAUCAGUGGCGAUGCCAUCGUGACAAUCAUUCUUGUCCGGAAUACGAUGUCGUUUGCUAUUAGUUAUGGUAUUACCCCGUGGCUGACCAACCUCGGAUAUCAAAACUGCUUCAUUUCCGCCGCGUUUAUCGGCAUGGUGGCCUCUUCUGCAUUUCUGAUUAUGAUAAAAUAUGGUAAGAUGUUCAGGAUCAGGAGUGCUCAGGCAUACGCAGAAUUAGUCAAAGGUGACAGGCAGCAAUGGGAAUCCGAAUGA